CACGUUUUCCAUCGUGAACGUAAAUUCCAACGAGGGGUCAACAAAAACCUCACGACUGAAAGAAGAACGUUGCAGCAUCGUGAUACCCGGAGUCGUCAAUCUCAAUCCCCCAAGUCUCUCUCAAGUGAAGCUCAGUCUCUCACAACCUCUAGCUACCUAAUCCUUCCCCCUUCAUCACUCAAAAACACACAUUCACAUCACAAUGGCAGACGUCAGAGUACCACCCACGGGCGUCUUCGUCCCAGUGCCAACCUUCUUCCACUCCGCCUCUGAUUCCGCAGGCGCCCUCCAGCCCAAGGUCGACAUCGACACCCAAGUCAAGCACAGCGUCUAUCUCGCAAAGAAUGGUAUCCGCGGCCUGGUUCUCCUCGGCUCAACCGGCGAGGCCAUCCACCUGAACAAGGCCGAGCGUCACGACCUCGUCGCCGGCGUCAAGAAGGGCCUCGAGGAGGCCGGCUUCCCCGAUUACCCCAUCAUGGCCGGCGUCUUGACCAACGGCAUCGACGAGACUCUCGAGUGGCUCGAGGACUACGCAAAGGCUGGCGCCCAAUGGGGUCUGGUGCUCGUUCCCGGAUACUUUGGUACCGCCGCGAACCAGGAGAACAUUAAGGAGUGGUACACUGUCGUCGCUGACAAGAGCCCUCUGCCCAUUCUUGUAUACAACUACCCCGGCGUCACAAACAACGUCCUCGUCGAGCCCGACACGUACAAGGACCUCGCCCAGCACCCCAAGAUCGUCGGUUGCAAGAUGUCCCACGGAAACGUCUCCCUCCACAUCCAAGUCUCCUCCGACCCGCGCAUCGACCACUCCAAAUUCCGCGUCUACAGCGGCUUCGGCCAACAGCUCGCGCCCAUCGUCCUCUUCGGCGCCGCGGGCGUCAUCGACGGCCUCGCCGCCUUCUACCCCAAGACGGUCUCGCGCCUCUUCAGCCUGGCGGAGAAGCGCCCCGUCGACCAGAGCACCCUCGAGGAGGUGCAGCGCCUGCAGUACGCCGUCAGCCGCGCCGAGGACUUCAUCGGCAAGACGGGCAUCAUUGGUAUCCGCGAGGGUAUCAUCCGCAAGGCCGGCUUCGGCGCGCUCGAGGGCGGGCGGUUGCCGCUCAAGGGACGCUUGGAUGAGGGUACCUUCAAGGCGUUGGAUUCGCUCUUGUUUUCGGAUAUUCAAAAGAUUGAGGACUCUCUGUAAGGCACUAGUAGCUUAGACGAGUUGGAGCUGGGAGCUUAUGAAUUGCAUGAUUGGCCAUG